AUGGAUUCUCCUCGUGAAUCUGGCGUCGACAAUGGCAAGACUGCCGCCACUCCGAUCGGUUUCCGCCCUCAGAACGGUGGAAUCAUCAAGGUGCAGCCACCCCGACGUGAGGACUUGCAACCCUCGUAUGCGCAAACUCUGCAAGACACCCAGGAGGAAACAAAUGGCUGGUACGGUUCUAUGAUCAACACCCUUGGACAGUGCAUCGGUUGUAUGGGCGCUGUUCCAUGCUGCAUAAUUUGCCCCAACCCAUACAAACCUGUGUCUCAAGGAAACGUGGGUUUGAUCACCAAAUUCGGUCGCUUCACGCGCGCCGUCGAUCCCGGUCUGGUCAAAGUCAACCCUCUUUCCGAGCGCCUCAUUCAGGUCGAUGUCAAGAUUCAAAUCGUCGAGGUGCCGCGUCAGGUCUGUAUGACCAAGGACAACGUGACACUCAAUCUGACGUCGGUCAUCUACUACCACAUCACCUCUCCCCACAAGGCGGCUUUUGGUAUCUCCAAUAUUCGCCAGGCGUUGGUGGAACGUACCCAGACCACCCUCCGUCACGUGGUGGGUGCUCGCGUGCUUCAGGACGUCAUUGAACGUCGCGAAGAGAUCGCCCAGUCCAUUGGAGAGAUCAUCGAGGAGGUCGCCGCCGGCUGGGGUGUCCAGGUCGAGUCCAUGCUCAUCAAGGACAUCAUCUUCAGCAACGACCUGCAAGACUCGUUGUCGAUGGCAGCCCAGUCCAAGAGAAUUGGUGAAUCCAAGGUCAUUGCUGCACGUGCCGAGGUCGAAUCGGCCAAAUUGAUGAGACAAGCGGCCGACAUCUUGAGCUCUGCACCGGCCAUGCAAAUCAGAUAUCUCGAAGCCAUGCAAGCCAUGGCCAAGACGGCCAACAGCAAGGUCAUUUUCUUGCCCGCCACCAACCAGACCAUGCCCUCCGAUAUGAACGCCAUGCUGCAAAACCAAACCACUGGUGAAGGGAGCGGCUACAACUCCAAGUCAAACACGGGCAACGCUUUCAACAUUGACAGCAACGAUGGCUUCCAACAGGCCAUGAACGCCCGAGUCAUCGAGAACAUCUAA